GCGCAGAGCGUACGUGAUGCGUUCAUCAAAUAUUUCAAGGAAAAUGGCCACACUUUCGGUUUGCGACCCUCCAUGCCAACUGAUUGAUGGUUGCCACUAAUGCUGCUACGCGCCCAGUUGCCUCGUCGCCAGUUGCCCCGCUGUCGGAUCCCACCCUGCUAUUUACCAAUGCAGGGAUGAACCAAUUUAAAUCGAUCUUUCUAGGCACCGUGGACCCUCAUUCAGACUUUGCGACCUUGAAGAGUGCGGUCAAUUCCCAAAAGUGUAUCCGGGCCGGUGGAAAGCACAACGUUAGUAGACAAUACCUGCCUGGCAAGAAAACAACCCCACCCCGGGAAAGCAACUAAUACCCGUACAGGACCUAGACGAUGUCGGGAAGGAUAGUUAUCACCAUACCUUCUUUGAAAUGCUCGGGAACUGGAGUUUCGGUGACUAUUUUAAAC